AUGACGACAGAAGGUCCGCUUCAAGUUGGUGGAAACAACAGUUUCUCAAAAAAUCACAUUCCUACUCAACAGCAGCCUCUUUACCCAUUUCAACGAGAGCAGUUUGCGUCUCCAGGAAGUGCUGAUCAGCAACAAUCACAACAACAACAGCAUCAGACAGGAAGCCUCAUGCGUGGCUACUCAUUCCUUGCUGAUCAAAUAUACAGAUCGGUGUCAAAUCCUCUCUACAAACUUGUACGGACUGUGGAGGACACAGUUGGUAGUGAAACCACUACUAAACAACCAGAAGAUUCUUUUCAAAAUGGGUAUCAAGGUUAUCAGACAGCACCUAGUCUAAAGUUUGAGUCUAAUGGAAACUUCGAAGGUGAGAAUACUGAAAAAAUGACUGAACAACAGGAUCAAUCUCCUCAUCAGGUGCAUCAACAACAAAAUUUUAAUCCCUGGGGAAGUAGUAGCACGACGGGUGUACAACAAUGGUAUCCAAGAUCUGCUGGUGAUCUUUCACAGCCCUCGGGUGAGGCCUACACCACCAACAACAACUGGCCUACUGCUCACGUUGCUCAAAGUGAAGCUUCAAAGUCGGACACACCACCGCCACAAUCAUCGUCACCAAACAAGACGAAUGUUGUGUUUCAACACCAACAUCAAUCACAACAACAAAACCGUUAUCAACAACAGUAUUUUCAAGAAUGGGUAGAAGCUAAUCACGCGACUACGAAUGCUGUCAGUAGUGCCACCGCCUACUACCCACAGCAACAUUUUGACUCUUCAACCACAAAUGCGGGUGCGUCUGUUUCCCCACAAAUAAAUGAGGAGGUGUCUUUUCCACCAGCAGGCAACAGUUCUGCUGAACCACCUUCCUGUCCUGGAUGCUGUGUUCCAUCUGCGGCUACACCUCAUCAAACUACUGUUUACCCAGACGCAGGGACGGAAUUGCACAAUGGUCUGUGUUUAGUGGAUCCUAUGCGUGCUCUUCCACGCUACUUUACCACAGGUCUUUGGCCUCCAGUCAUAAAUCCGGCAAAAUUGGAAUGGAAUGGAGGUCCUAGUGUGACUGAGGAUGAUGCUCGACUGUUGGACAUGAAUCGUUUCUACAGUGAUGGAAGCUAUCGUAUGGCAGGGGGUACCGCAACUGCAAGUGUCUAUCCGGGCUAUGUAGGGGGUGUACAGGACACAAAAGACUUCUUUUUCACUCCUUCACGUUACUCAACUGCUGGAGAUACAGUCUUUCGACACAAAACCGAGGCGCAUCGUUUGUCUGUUGCAGCGGCAGUGACAGCAGUGGAUUGUGAUCCACAAGAGUUGGAGGCCUUUGCAGAACGCUUUAAGCAACGGAGAAUCAAAUUAGGUGUAACACAAGCCGAUGUUGGUAAAGCAUUGGGUCGUUUAAAUUUGGCUGGUGUGGGUUCCUUCUCUCAAUCAACAAUUUGUCGUUUUGAGUCACUCACAUUGAGUCACAACAAUAUGCUUGCAUUGAAACCCAUCCUACAGGCGUGGUUGGAUGAAGCGGAACAGGAGGCAGCAGCAAGACAAAAAAAUCCCAACGCCUACGACAUGGAGGAGGAUGAUAAGAAGAGAAAACGCACUUCUAUCACCGAUCCCGAGAAGCGCUCAUUGGAGGCGUUUUUUGGCAUUCAACCCCGACCCUCAAGCGAAAAGAUAGCUCAAAUAGCAGAGAAGUUGAAUCUCAAAAAGAAUGUAGUGAGAGUAUGGUUUUGUAAUCAACGUCAGAAGCAGAAACGAAUGAAAUUCUCCACUGUUGGACUGUUGCAUCAAGUGAAUGGUAUGUGA